GUAAUAUACUACAAUGCACAACGCUUCAAAUAUUUUGAAAUGAUUCAGUAUUUUGAUGACAAACAAAUACGAUUAAUGAACGAUUCAUUUUUUUAUAGUUUUGUCGAGAGUUAAGAAUCGUGCUCCACAAACAACUCAAGUUCUAUUGCCUUGUUUACAUCAAUAUUUGAAAUCAUGUAUAACAAUAACAAGAGACUAAUUAGCGAUUAUUUUCAAGAAAACUCAAAUAAAACUACCAAUGGAGUUUUUCAUAAACGAACUCGAACGGGAGCCAAUGCUCGAGAAAGAGAUCGCACUCAAAGUGUAAAUGCUUCUUUUGAUAUACUUAGAUCCUUGAUCCCAAUUGAUCCAUCAGAUAGAAAACUUUCAAAAAUUGAAACAUUACAACUAGCUACUAAGUAUAUACAUCACUUGUCACAGCUUGUAAUUGAAGGAUCUUUUUUAGGAAGUGAUGAUUCAACGAAUUGUAGUGCAUAUGACGUGUGUAUAUUUUGUCUAACAAAUAGACCAAAUUUCUAAUUAAUCAAUAAAGAAUACACAAUUUUAAACACUUUUAGUAUUGUUUUAUUAAAUUUAAUGUAUUAUACUUUAUGUACUCAUGACUAAUAAAACAAUUCAUAGUAUUGGUUAAAGAAA